AUGGCGUUAACUGAUGCUUUAGAUGAAAUGGUGACUGCGAGAGAGCUGACACCAACUAUUGCAAUGAGAAUAUUACUUGAAUUUGAUAGAUGUAUAGUGAAGGAACUCGAAUUAUUAAAACAAAAAACUACUUUUGGGGCUCAUUUACACACGUACAGAUUUUGUGAUAACGUGUGGACAUUUAUAUUAGAAAAUGUAAAGUUUAAGGCGACAAAUUACAGUGGUAUAGUUGAAGAGAUACAUGCCGACAAAGUGAAAGUAGUUGCUUGUGAUUCAAAAAUUCUAGAAAGAAAAUGA